CUGCCCCAGGCAGCCACUUCUUCAUUCAGCGAGAAAAUGAAACUCCUUACGUUCUUCGCCUUUGUAUGUGUCGGUACCUUUGCGGUGCUGCACAGCGUCUAUGGUGCACCUGCGCCAUCGCCUUCCCCAGAACCGAAUCCAGCGGCUGAUCCCAAGCACAAGGCGGACCCUAACCCAGAGCCAUCUCCGAAUCCCGUGGCCGAGCCCAGUCCCAAUCCAGUGGCAGAACCGAGACCCAAUCCAGUGGCAGAACCGAGUCCCAAUCCAUCGCCAGUUGCCCCGCCUCUUGCAGCACCAAUGAUGCCACGGCCCACGAUGCUGUCUGAGAAAUCGGAUGCCAAUUUUGUUGCCCUCUCGGCCAGUCCAGAUCCAGAUCCAGUCCCAGCACCAGCCCCAGCUCCAGCCCCAGCUCCAGCCCCAGCUCCCAGUCUAUUGCCAAUGUUUUUGGAUCCGAUGGGCUAUGCGGGCAGCCUGGAUGAUAUUGCGCCCGACGGCAUUGCCGAGGCAUUGCCCGCCUAAGGAUUGAGGAUCUUCUCUGAAGAGUUCACAGCAGCAACAUAAGCUGUACAAUUGUAAACUUAACGAGGUCUGCACACACACACACACACACACACACACAGAACAUUCACGCACAUACAUAUACAUAUAUGUAUACAAUCGAAUCUAUGUAUCCCCCCAGAGCAUGAGCAAAUUUUGAAAAUUGCAACAACAAAAAA